AGUUUAAGAGCUCCCAGGUGUAGUGUAUUCAGGUGUAUUCGACUCGACGUAUGCAUGUUCGAUCGAAUAUGACUCGUCAAUGCUAUAAACAAAUGGUCGAAUUUUAUCAAGAUGUGCAUUAAUUCAGUUAUUUAUACGUCUAACGAGUCGAUUUUAAUUUUUACCCGUAAGAAACAUCAGUGCAUCUGAAUUUUUAUCGGCCCUGGAAAAAUUUGGAAUGUUGUGGAUUCUGUUCGUUCAUAGUGAAUCAGAAACGGAUGCAAAGUGCGGUAGUUUCAAAGACUGCUCCUCUGGGGGGAUAGAAUCGUUUUAUCAAUUUUAGCCAUUCUACAUGCUACAGUUUACAAUUUAAUUUGAUCAUAAGGAUCGUAAUUCAGAUUUAUUUAAAUUAAUCGUUUUAUUUUUAUAAUACGAUUUUAACAGAGGUGGUAAAUACUUUUAUAAAAAUUGAAUAAGGAUGCCUGCACCACCUCCACCUCCACCUCCUGUCUUCAACACAUCUGGUUCUGGGAUAGCAGAUCAAGAUAGAAAUUUACUUCUUCAGUCAAUUAGAGCUGGCAAAACUUUAAAGAAAACUAUAACCGUAGAUAAAAGUGCACCUGUAGUUAGUGGUAGAGUUAGAGGUGAAUCAGGAAACUCUUCUUCCUUACAUAGCAAAGAAAAUAGUUCUAAUGUAGUAAACAGUGGCAUUAGCACAAGUAAUGGAGGUCCCAUAGGACUAGGUGGAUUAUUUCCUACUGGUAUUCCUAAAUUGAAGCCUGUAGGAUCUCGGAUUUCUGGAGUUGAAAAGAACAAUAGUAAUGUUAAUAAUACAAACUUUGGUCAAUCAACUAUCCCUAGCAUAAAAAGAGGUCCACCGCCAAUUCCACCACCAGCCACUCAAAAACCACAACUAUUUAUUCAGAAGGCAAACUCAAUGCCGGGACAAAGUACUGCAGACUCUAGUUCUAAUAUGGAAGCACCUAAGGGAUUUGGAAAGCCUACUCUUGCUCCCAAACCACCUACCACAUCAUCAUCUGCAUUGCACAAACCAUCACCACCUCCUAAGAAAUUAAACUUAACUGGAGGAAGUGUGUCAAGAGCACAAAGUAUGCGAUUGCCUAGAUCACCUCCUGUACUUGCUCCAACUCCACCUUCCCUUCAUCAGUCUCAGGAUUGUCUGAACGAGACUCAAUCGAGGCCUACGAAUCGAAUUCUUAAACCUCCAGUCGCGAAACCUCCUUCUCCACCUACAUCUAGAUCAAACAAUAUACCCUCUACAGCAACUAGAGUGGCACCACCACCUCCUUCCAGAGUAACUGUUAGCGCUCCUUGUAUACCACCUCCACCUCCGCCCCUUCCGCAUCGUCCAGCUCCUACUCAUCAAAGACUGGCCCCGCCGCCGCCGCCACCGCCAACACCUCCCACAAGGAGUUCUUCUAUGCGCAACGGACAGACAAUGAAUGCUCUAGAUUUAGAGGUUCGGUUCGCGGAUAUGUUUCAUUCUAUUGCGAAUUUCCCGCCGCCGGAGCAAUUUAAGGGGUUUACGAAAGUCUACAGCAGCAGAAAUGCUGCAAAACAACAAGCUCCUGCGCCACCCAUGCAAAUGUCUUCUAUAUCCAAUACAAUGGUAUCAUUAAAUACUUCAUCCGGAGGUUAACUGUGACAAUACAGAACCACUUCUUUGGCACAUUCAAGUAAUUUGUUAUAUUUAUUAUGUUAUACAACUAGUUUUAAUAGUUUUCGAAAUAUUAUUACAUUGAAAUGAAAGGUUUAGAUGAAAGAAAAAGGAAGCAGAAUAAAAGUAUUAAAACUACUAUGUAUUAUGAAGUAUCAUGAACAUUUUAUGUUUAUUAAAAAUAAAAUGUUGAUUUUAAUGUUUUCAA